AUGUAUCGACUAAGGAAAUCCGCCUUGGAAACCGUCUCAUCUUGCUAUAUCAUUCGAUUCUUGGUCAAAUUUAGUAAUGGUUGUUUGUAUAGGUCAAAGGGAUUGUCAUUGACAUUACUCAUUUUGUAUCAUUGUGAAGCAGCAACACCUAAUUUAAUCCAUGCCGAAUAUUUGAAAAUAGCCAAGUUUUGGGUGCUUACUUGGAUAACGGUGAAUUUAUGUCUUGAAACAUUCCAAAAAUGGAAGUUGGGGAAAAUAUUUGCAAAUGAAUGUAUUGCUGAAAAUAUUCUGUAUCAAACUGAUAGUAUCGCAGCUAUUGUAAUCGGUGCUGCUUGGCUUGCAUUCCCAAAAUGGUUACUACAUCGACAGGUAAAAGUACCACUGGAUGAAUCGCAUGAACUCUGUGCUCGAAUUAUGGGUGCUUUUUUUACAUCAUCUUGCGUGAUUGGUUCACAUGUUUUGUACUGGAAAGAACUGAAAGAUCGUUUAAUUGGCGUUGAUGCACGUGCUUGUGUACGUCUAAAAUUGAAACAUUACUGCGUUGAUUAUUUAGAGCGUUAUAAAAAGACUAUUUGUACAUUAACGCUUGUGGCACAAAUAUGGUCGCAGUAUGCAUACUGGAGAGACUGGAAUGAAAGUCAUUGGAUUGGCAUAUCGUUGAUUUCAACCUGGAUGAUAAUUUGUGUAGUCGUUAGAUUUUAUUUAACAGUACGAAUGAAACGAUCACAAAAUAUAAAAAAAUUAUCUUGA